GUAGUGUUUGUUGUGCCCCCCCUGUAUAUUAUUAUUAGUUUAACAUUUCGACUGCAUUGUCCAUGACUGAUUUUCACUGGACUUAGCAACUCUUGAAUAUUCAGUUCGGAGGAAUUCUACUCAUAUCAGUAUCCCAUAUGUUUCACCAAUUUUUGCAUUUUAUGUCAUUACCCACCUUUGCUUUUUUUUUUUUUUUUAAUCCUAACUGCUGAUAAUUCUGGAAAUUUUUGAUACCUCUUAGUUACAUUCCCAUUUCACUACUUCCUACGAAGUAUUUUCUAGUAGCACAUGCUCUUUUUACCUUUUAUACAUUUCCCCUCUUUGCCAUUUUUGAGGGUUGAGGAAACUAAUUCAUGGUGGAUUGAUGAUGAGGAUUAUCUAAUUAUUUUUCGAAUUAAGUUAGACAAUUAUAAUAGACCAUGGUGAAGUUUGAAUAACGAUUGAGAGAAAUUUUGCUGAACUGCACAUGUAUGGACCUUCCACUCUUUGCCAUUUUUGAGGGUUGAGGAAACUAAUUCAUGGUGGAUUGAUGAUGAGGAUUAUCUAAUUAUUUUUCGAAUUAAGUUAGACAAUUAUAAUAGACCAUGGUGAAGUUUGAAUAACGAUUGAGAGAAAUUUUGCUAAACUGUACAUGUAUGGACCUUCCACUUUCACUGUUGUUGUAUAUAUUUCUGGAAUCUAGCUCUAAUGGUUUUUAUUUCUAAUAUUAUUUUACUUGAAUAUUCAGACACAAAAAUAGUUAAAUUUUUAUCCUGCUGUGGAACAUUUAUUUUGUUUUAGCAGCUUGCUAUAUUUUCUUUUUAAAGCUAAUGCUACCUUAUGGUGGAGUACAGAAAAUUCUUCAGGAGAAUGCUUCUCCCUUCUCCCCUAGUGCUGUGUAUUGCAUAUGCAUCGGAAAUGUUGUGUUGCAUAGUAUUGCAAUCUUGCGCUGACUAUAAAAAAAAAGGAAACAUUGCAUUAAUAGCUGAUUAUAGAAUUAUAUUCCAAUUACUAAAACUCUUUGUCCAAGGGAAUCUGUCUAGUAUAUAGAAUUAGCAAGGACUGCUAGAUAAGGAAAAUUUUCCGAUUCUACAUUAUGAAAGAGUAAUAAUUUGGAUUUCCUUGAGCUCUACUUUCUCUAAUAAUGUAAAUUGCAGGUGCUGUUUUCAGUUUACUUGUCAUUUGUUUGCGUUACUCCUUUUGCUCCCAACUUCCAAUGGUCGAGGGUAAUGUACUGGUAAGUGCUGGCCAAAAUGAGGAAGCGGCUCAGAACCGUUUUAGUGCUUAUUAUGUGUAUUCAAUAUCUUCAUAUCUGCAUUAAUAACUUCUGAAACUAAUGAUUCCUCUGAAACCCGAUAAUUGUUGUGCAAUGGUAAGGGGCUACGAUGUAAUAACUCUUCCAGAUUUCUUUUAUUAUAGGUGGUAGAACUUCUGCUUUUAUUUCCUUAUAUUUGAUAAAGAAAUCGAAUAUCUGCCUUUUAGACACAAGUUUGGGGAUCCAGAAAUGUGAUUGGUACCACAUAAUUCAAAAAGCAACGACUAGUGUCAUCGUUCUGCUUUUCAAGAAGGUUCUGUACUUCUGUAGUGAGAUAUGUGAUACUGUUACUUCUCAUUAAUGUCAUUAUAUUGCAUCUGAAUUUGUAUCUUGUUUAGAAAAAGAAAUCUUCCCUUUGGUUCUUAAAACCCAUAUAGUUUUUGUUUCUGUCCUUGAAACUUCCCGAUUUUUUAUUUACCUUUUACCAACCGAGUUAAAAAUGCAGAUGCUUUAACGUGCUACACAGAAGUUCUCGGAUUGAUCCAAUUGGCAGCGGAUGCAUUGUGUAGAAGGUGAUUUGAAAGGUGAAUGAAUUUGUUACCUUUCCUGCUGGAGGAAGAGGAGGAGCAAAAUGUACUUCAUGGACUUAACCAGUAAGUUUGAGAAAUACUUAUUUGCAUUUUGGGUUACAUUACUUUGAUCAAAUUGGUUGGCUUGCUCUUCUAUUAUUGCAUAAACUUGACUUAGAUCUACAAUGUGAGGCUUCUUGUGUCAUGUGAUAAGGAUGUGCGGAUGAGGGCCUUUGGUUUCAUUCAUUCAUUAUCAUUACCCCAUUGCCUCAAAGAGGCUCCCGCAAAAAGCGGGGUAAGGGGGGGUCGGGUGUACGCAACCUUACUCCUGCAAUGGCAGAGAGGUUGUUUCCAAUUGACCCAAAAGCGAUAACGGGACGACAACAGGACGACCAUCUUCUACUUCAUGGAAAGGAAGCGAAGAGGUUUUAAGAGUCAUUCUGAUUUAGUUCAUCACAUCCCACAGCCAAAAGAACAAAUGAAUCUAUGGCUCCAUCGGAAAUGGACUGGAUGAGGGCCUUUGGUUAAUUCAAGAAUUUGAUGUCCUCCACAUUGUAUCAUCUCUGGAACAGUAUAUGUAUUAGCAAAGCUUCCUUUAAUUUUGUGAAUAAUUUUUUGACUGCAUAUAUAUCACAGAAUCCCAGUGUGUUAUGCUCAAGUCAAAAGUAUGUGAAAAAAUGCCAAACAUCACAAGACUCCAAUUCACUUGCAGUUAGAAAGCGAGGUUAGCCUAAUCUUUCCUGUACCUCCAGCUAGUAAUCAGGUUAUUCUUGUAAUUUUUCCAUCAUGAUUAAGUAUUGUGCUUUUUCUUUUUCUUUUUUUUUUUCUAAUUUGUGGUACACAACAUUUAAUGUUCAUUUUGACUUAAUAAACGAAGCUCUAAAGUUCACACUCAUGUGGUUGGCAUUUCAAUGUUCAAAGUUCACCAACUAAGACUGUUGACUAAUUUAAACACAAACUAUUGAAUAUUGACUAUAUAUUUUAUACUUGAUAUUAAUCUAGCAAAAAAAAUUCCAGUUGCACUGAAGUAAGAUUUAGUUGAGGGCUUCAAGCAAUGGUGUGCUUGAUCGCUUGUAUCAAGGUAAUGUGUUGGCAUCUGAUAGGGAAGCUACUUAGAUUAGCUUAUAAUAACCCACCCAAUCACCAUAACUUUCAAGGUUCCCUUAGUGAUAUUGAAAUGCUUAUGAUGAGGAUCGCUUUCUCUGUUUCGACAUCAAUUAUAACUAACAAGGUGACAAAGUUGAUGAUUGAAGGGAAGAACAAAGAGGGUGACACCCCCUUACACGUGGCAAUCAAGAGCCACCAGAAUGACGUGGCAAAAUACUUGAUUCGUGUUACGCCCGAGGUGGCAUGUUGUGUAAACUGUGAGGGGGUGUCGCCAUUGCUUUUAGCUGUCAAGUUGGGGAUGAAGGAAAUAGUGCAGUAUGCAUUUUUGAUGUUAAGGUUUACCAGUAGAGAGGCUCUGCUUGCACAUUCUGAAAAGGUUUCACUUGCUCAUGCUGCCAUCAAAGCUAGGAACCUAGGCAUGUUGGAGAUUGUAAUGGAGGAACUACCCAGUCUCAUUGAUUCAUUAAAUGGAAAGGGAUGGAAGCCAUUAUCCUAUGCAGCUUACAAAGGUUAUCUCGACCAAGUUAGCUACUUCCUUCAAAAGUUUCCUGAUUCUGCAAAGAAAUCUGAUACAGACGGCUCCUUUCCGAUACAUAAGGCAGUUGGUGCAAACCAUGUUAGCAUUGUCAAAGUGUUUCUAUCAUCCUGUCCUUCAACUAUACAUGAUGUUGAUGAAAAGGGUCAGAGCAUCCUCCAUAUUGCAGUCAGAUACGCGAGAGCUGAUGUUUUCUCUUAUUUAACCAAACAGAAGGAAGUUGAGAAGAUAUUCUAUCUGAAAGAUGGACAGGGUAAAACUUUUAUGGAUUUGGCGAAUGAGCUCAAAAGAAACAUUGCUGAGUGAAAAAACGUAAUCUUAUGUGAACUAAAAAUCCACUCAGAAGAACGUAUCUAGCACUCCUGUGUGUGCUUGGUGGACCAUGCUUGUGUUGCUGAAGGAAGAAAAAGGCGACGACUACACACGGCAACUUGUAACUAAAGUCAAUCCAUCAAACAAUGAGAUGAUAUAAUGCAUUGUACGGAGUCGUAAUCUUAGCUUCAAAGAAAAAUGAUGGUUGACUCCGAACAGGAAAAACGACUUAAAAGUCUAUGAACGAAUUUCCAGCCACAAUCUGAAUUUCAGAAGAACAUAAAAGUAGCAGUGGUAAGCUCACUAAGCUAUACUUCAAAAUUCUAUUCCUUCCUUUUUAAUGGAGGACAUAGGGUGUUGGAUGUUUAUGAAAAAACCAUUUUUAGCGGCGUUGAUGAAAUGCAGUAACCACGGUGUUGGAUGGGAUCAACUCUUAGUUGCUGCCGAACAAGGUCACACGAAGGAAAUGCUACGUAUCUUGAGGAGUGAUCCAGAACUCAUUUUCACAGCAGAUGUGGUUGGAGAAACUGUUGUUCAUGUGGUUGCAAGAGCUGGACAUGCGCUCACUAUUACUAAGUUGAUGCAGACAUUCAUGAGACAUCAUUGGAUGAAGGUGUUGCUUAAGAAAAAUGUAGACGGGGAUACGGCCAUUAAACACAAUCACAAGGAGGCAGCUUACAGGUUGGGGGACCGACAGGAGUUUGCCAAGGAUGAAUUGAACAAGGAUGGAAUAUCUCCGUGGGACCUUGAUAAAGAGGCCGGGUAUUGUUCAGGAGUAGCAGAUAUUGAAAUGAGACUAGCAAUGGCAGACAUUGAAUUAGAUGAGCUAUAUAAGGUGAAGUGGAUUGAAGGCACCCCAAUAGGUGUAAGGGGUGCUUUUUUGAAGGCCUCCGCAAAUGGAGUCAUCAAAACAAAGCAUAUAGAGUUGGAACUUGAUCGAUCUGGAGGAAAUUUACUCCAUAUUAUUGCUGCAAAACCAGGCAAGGUUGAUAUACUAAAGUUGCUAGUCAAGUUUAUGAAUAACUCUGAGUUAGCUAGUUUACCACUUGAAAGGAACAAAGCUGGUGAUACUGCUUUGCACCUUGCCCUUAAUAAGGGCAGAGAUGAAGCCUCUGCACUCUACUUGAUAGAGGUGGCACCCAAGUCCGCUUACUUGCUUAACCAAGAUGGAGUAUCGCCAUUGCACUUGGCAAUUGAACUACAUUACAAUGAUAUAGUGAGGCGCAUCUUCCAACUACUUCCAGGGACUAGGAUUGACUCGUCCAUCAAAAAGAGUCUGCUUAGAGCUAAGAAUGCGUCAGUUGUACACGCUGCUGUAAGAUCUAGAAAUCUCGGCAUAUUGGAAAGAGUAAUGGAGGAAUUACCCGGUUCUAUUGACUCGCUAAAUGAAGAAGGAUGGAAGCCACUAUCAUAUGCAGCAUAUGAAGGUUACCUAGAAGAAGUUCACUUCUUCCUGAACAAUUUUCCAGAUUCUGCUAGGAAAUGCGACAGAGAUGGCUCUUUCCCAAUACAGAAGGCAGUUGGUGCAGGACAUGUUCACAUUGUGGAAGAGUUUAUAUCAUCAUGUCCCUUAACUAUACACGAUGUUGAUAAAAGAGGUCGAAGCAUUCUUCAUAUUGCUGUUAAAUAUGCAAGACCUGAUGUUUUCUCUUAUUUAACAAAGAAGAAGGAAGUUCAAAAGAUAUUCUAUUUGAAAGAUCAGGAAGGUAAAACUUUUAUGGAUUUUGCUACACAGCUGGAGAAUCGAUUUAAGGCCUAAUUUUCAUAACAUUGAGCAGUGAUUGUAAUUGUUUAUGAACUUUUAGUUUUGUACAGUAUGAAAGAAGAAAGCUCUAAAGUUGUAAUGUUAUGGUUUAUUAUGUUGUAUUUUCAAUAUGGUAAGAGUUUAAUUGUUUGAUUUUGAAAUGUUUUAUGGGUUCCUAAAUACUCUACUCUAUUAGUUAGUUUAUUGAGAGAAUAUAUGUUUUCCC